AUGGCCCGCGCGGCUCUGCGGCCACCGCGCCUCCGCCGGGACCGCCCGCCCGGGCCGGCCACACCCGCCGCUGCGCCGAGGCCGGCCGGGCGCGUCUGGGAAGGGGCGGGCCACCCGCGCAGCCCGCGGAGCCACCUGUCACCCCGUCCCCCGACCGACCGCCCGUCGCCCCGCCCCCGGGCCCCUGUCUCCCGCCCUCGGCCACUGGGCCCGACCACGUCGUCCUGUCCACGGCCCCCAGUCGCCUGCCCUCGGCCCCUGGGCCCGACCACCUGUCGCCCCGCCCUCCACUCCGGCCUCUCCCCAGCGCACCUGUCCCCGUCGCCCCGUCGCCUCGCCCUCGGCCCCAGCCCCCGGUCCCCUGCCCCCUGUCGCCCGCCAUCGGCCCCCGUUUCGGACCACCUGUCGCCCCGCCCUCCUCUCCGGCCUCUCCCACCGCACCUGUCCCUGUCGCCCGGCCCCCGGCCCCCUGUCGCCCGCCCCCGGCCACCUGGGCCCGACCACCUGUCGCCCGUCCCCCGACCCGACCACCCGUCGCCCCGCCCUCCUCUCCGGCCUCUCCACCCGCACCUGUCCCCGUCGCCCCGCCCGCAGGAGCUCCGACCGCCCGACGCCGGGCUCAGGUGCCACCCACAGCCCCGGGCGGGCGAAGCCACACCUUCCCACCCGGGGUGCUCCGGCCCGAGCCCUCCAGGCCUGGCACAGCCGUGGCAGAAGAUCUGA